AUGAAGCUUCAACAAUACUGCCUCGCCCCUCUUCUUUGCGCAUUGUCCGCCAACAUGUCAAUGGCAUCUCCAGCACCAUUUGAAGUCAAACUCGAUGAACCUGACAACCGCGAUUAUGGAGAGUUUGGUCGAUCGGUGAACAAGCCGAAGAAGAGACGAGUCGCCAAACAUGAACCGACCGAAGCUGAUCACAUGUAUCGCGAACUCAUUGAAGAUGUACAACUUUUGGACUUUGCUUCCAUGUCGAUGAGUAUGGGCAUGUCACUUGACGACAAUGUGGAUGCCCAAGUCGACACCACCCCAGCGCCAUCCGCAUCCGUCCCUACUGCCGCACCCACUGCUCCACAAACGUCUGCACCAACAGAAGCCGCUGUUGCAACCAGUGCAUCUUGUGAUGGGCAACCUCAAGUGUUGAUUAAUAUUCCCCUUGAAGUUGACACUGCCACUGAUGAUACGGAAAUUGAAACCUUGAUUGCCGAAGCUCUCAUGGAGACUCUUGCUGAUGAAUACAACUUUUGUGGGAGCCGCCGUCGUCUUGAAGAUGGAUCGAUUGUUGUGGAAGACUUUCAAUUGGGAACUAUUACUGUCACCAAGGAUGCCAAUGAAACUUGCCCUCCGCUUGAUCCUUCCACUAGUUGUCAUGUUGCAAACGCUGCAAUCGUUGUCUCUGGCGAAACUGAUGGAUCCGCAGCAAAACUUCGAAACUCUCUUGGGUUCCUUUUUGAAAAUGAUGUCAAGUUCAUUGAGGAGCUUCCACUUUCGGGAGUGAUUGAAGUCAGACUGAAGGAAGGGGGCGAGGAAUCUGAAGCCAAUUCUGCAAGUGCAUUUGGGAAUGCCGCACAACCAACACGAUCUGCUGUCGUUGCCAUCUUGUCGACUGCAGGAAUUUCCAUUGUUGCUGCUAUUAUUCUCCGAGCCAGGAGAAAGGAGGCCAACAUGGCUGCUCAUGACAAGUAUUGUGAUGAAUCUGAUAGUGAAGGAGGCACUCUUCCAAUCAACAAUGCAUCUGGCAGUCAUUAA